AUGUGUAGCGGCAGUGGCCGCCGACGGAGCAGUCUGAGCCCGACGAUGAGGCCGGGGACUGGAGCCGAGCGUGGAGGCCUCAUGGUGAGUGAAAUGGAGAGCCAACCUCCCUCGCGGGGUCCCGGGGACGGGGAGCGGAGAUUGUCCGGCUCAAACCUGUGCUCCAGUUCUUGGGUCUCUGCUGACGGCUUCCUGAGAAGACGGCCCUCGAUGGGGCAUCCUGGCAUGCAUUAUGCACCAAUGGGCAUGCACCCUAUGGGUCAGAGAGCAAACAUGCCUCCUGUACCUCAUGGAAUGAUGCCGCAGAUGAUGCCUCCUAUGGGAGGGCCUCCAAUGGGACAAAUGCCUGGAAUGAUGUCUUCAGUAAUGUCAGGAAUGAUGAUGUCUCAUAUGUCUCAGGCUUCCAUGCAACCUGCCUUACCGCCUGGAGUAAAUAGUAUGGAUGUAGCAGCAGGUGCAGCAUCUGGUGCAAAAUCAAUGUGGACAGAACAUAAAUCACCUGAUGGAAGGACUUAUUAUUACAAUACUGAAACAAAACAGUCUACCUGGGAAAAGCCAGAUGAUCUUAAAACACCUGCUGAGCAACUACUGUCUAAAUGCCCAUGGAAAGAGUACAAAUCUGAUUCUGGAAAGCCUUAUUACUAUAAUUCUCAAACAAAAGAGUCCCGCUGGGCCAAACCUAAGGAACUUGAAGAUCUUGAAGGAUACCAGAAUACCAUUGUUGCUGGAGGUCUUAUUACAAAAUCAAACCUGCAUGCCAUGAUCAAAGCUGAAGAAAGCAGCAAGCAAGAAGAAUGUACUACAACAUCAACAGCCCCAGUUCCUACAACAGAAAUUCCUACCACCAUGAGCACCAUGGCUGCUGCAGAAGCAGCAGCUGCUGUUGUUGCAGCUGCUGCAGCUGCUGCAGCAGCAGCUAAUGCCAAUACUUCCACCACACCUACUAAUGCUGUGGGAAGUGUUCCAGUUGCUCCUGAACCUGAAGUUGCUUCCAUUGUUGCUACUGCUGUAGAUAAUGAAAAUACAGUAACUGUAUCAACUGAGGAGCAAGCACAGCUUGCUAAUACCACAGCUAUUCAAGAUCUAAGUGGUGAUAUAUCCAGUAACACUGGAGAGGAACCAUCCAAACAAGAAACUGUAACCGAUUUUACUCCUAAAAAAGAAGAGGAAGAGAGCCAACCAGCAAAAAAAACAUAUACUUGGAAUACAAAGGAGGAGGCAAAGCAAGCAUUUAAAGAAUUAUUGAAAGAAAAGCGAGUACCCUCCAAUGCUUCAUGGGAGCAAGCUAUGAAAAUGAUCAUAAAUGAUCCUCGGUACAGUGCUUUAGCAAAGCUGAGUGAGAAAAAGCAGGCCUUUAAUGCCUAUAAAGUACAGACAGAAAAAGAGGAAAAAGAAGAAGCAAGAUCAAAAUACAAAGAAGCUAAGGAAUCUUUUCAGCGUUUUCUUGAAAAUCAUGAAAAAAUGACUUCCACAACCAGAUACAAAAAAGCUGAGCAAAUGUUUGGGGAGAUGGAAGUUUGGAAUGCAAUAUCAGAGCGGGAUCGUCUUGAAAUCUAUGAGGAUGUUUUGUUCUUCCUUUCCAAGAAAGAAAAGGAACAAGCAAAGCAGUUACGGAAGAGAAACUGGGAAGCCUUAAAAAACAUACUUGACAAUAUGGCUAAUGUUACAUACUCUACCACUUGGUCUGAAGCCCAGCAGUAUCUGAUGGAUAAUCCAACAUUCGCAGAGGAUGAAGAGUUACAGAACAUGGAUAAGGAAGACGCAUUAAUAUGCUUUGAGGAACACAUCCGGGCUUUAGAAAAGGAAGAAGAAGAAGAAAAACAGAAGACUUUGUUGAGAGAAAGGAGGAGGCAGCGUAAAAAUAGGGAAUCUUUUCAGAUCUUUCUAGAUGAGUUGCACGAGCAUGGGCAGCUGCACUCUAUGUCCUCUUGGAUGGAGCUGUAUCCAACCAUCAGUUCUGACAUUCGAUUCACGAAUAUGCUGGGUCAGCCGGUUUUUUCAUUAGGAUCAACUGCACUUGAUCUUUUCAAGUUUUAUGUUGAAGAUCUUAAAGCACGAUAUCAUGAUGAAAAAAAGAUAAUAAAAGACAUUCUGAAGGAUAAAGGAUUUGUAGUUGAAGUGAACACUACUUUUGAAGAUUUUGUGGCAAUAAUCAGUUCAACCAAAAGAUCAACUACUUUGGAUGCUGGAAAUAUCAAGUUGGCUUUCAAUAGUUUACUAGAAAAGGCAGAAGCCCGUGAACGUGAAAGAGAAAAAGAGGAAGCUCGGAAAAUGAAACGCAAAGAGUCUGCCUUUAAGAGUAUGUUGAAACAGGCUGCCCCUCCAAUAGAGCUGGACGCUGUCUGGGAAGAUAUCCGGGAACGAUUUGUAAAGGAACCAGCAUUUGAGGAUAUAACUCUAGAAUCUGAAAGAAAAAGAAUAUUUAAAGAUUUCAUGCAUGUGCUUGAGCAUGAAUGUCAGCAUCAUCACUCAAAGAACAAGAAACAUUCUAAGAAAUCUAAAAAACACCAUAGGAAACGCUCCCGCUCUCGAUCGGGGUCAGAUUCAGAUGAUGAUGACAGCCAUUCAAAGAAAAAAAGACAGCGAUCAGAGUCCCAUUCUGCUUCAGAACAUUCUUCUAGUGCUGAGUCUGAGAGAAGUUAUAAGAAAUCAAAAAAGCAUAAGAAGAAAAGCAAAAAGAGGAGACAUAAAUCUGACUCUCCAGAAUCAGAUACUGAACGAGAGAAGGAUAAAAAAGAUAAAGAUCGAGAAAGUGAAAAAGACAGAAGUAGACAGAGAUCAGAAUCAAAACACAAAUCACCUAAGAAAAAGACUGGAAAGGAUUCUGGUAACUGGGAUACUUCUGGCAGUGAACUGAGUGAAGGGGAAUUAGAAAAGCGCAGAAGAACCCUUUUGGAGCAACUGGAUGAUGAUCAAUAAAUUAUACCAAAUAUAUGUUUAUAGUAUGAUUUAAAGUCUAAUUCAGACCAGGGAUUAUUUUAAGUCCAAUUUACAUAACACUGGGUUUUAAUUGUGUCACAGGAAAAAAAAGUGCAUUUUAUGUAUUGUUACUGUGGACUUUAUAAAAGCAAAGGAAAUUGAAAAUAACUUGAUUCUGUAUCAAGAAUCAUAUUUUCCUAUGGUAAGAACUGUCUUUCUGUGACCCUUUCAUAGGGCACUACAGGAUGGAUUAAAAGUGGCAAUUUCAUGAUAGCUGCAGAUGUCUCUACUUUGUUCUAAGUCAUGAGGUGAUUUGAUUUCCUUUAUAGAAGUUGGAUUUGAAGAUGCAAUGAAAAUUUUCUGAUAAUGUAGUACAAAAAAAGCACCAGCAACCUAUGAUAAGACUGCUUUUUUGUGCACUACUGAACUGGUUAAGCCAACGUGAUCUUCUGUGUUGAGCUCUUAAGAAAUAGGUGUCUUUGAUGGAAACUUGGUAGACCUUUCACAGCAGUGGUGCUAAUGAGCACUGCUGUAAUAAAGCCACCAUUAUUUUUUAUGAAACAUCUGAACAUUUUCAAAAGGCUUACGAGGGCAUUAUUUUGAGCAUCUAUUUUGAGGUGAUGUUUUAAAAUAGCUAACAUCAAGUCAAAUUGUAAAUUAGUUUUAAAUAUAUUGCCUUAAGGACCUACUAAAGAAUGUGCCACCAAACUUUUGGGUAAUAGUUGAAAUUUCCUUGUCGGGGGCGGGAAAUCAAUGUUGACUUAAACAUUUUAAUUUUUAAUCCAACCUUUCUCUUUCACUUUUUUUUUUUUAAUUCCAUUGAGAAGGUUGUAAAUUACCUUCCUUACUCACUGAGAAGUAUUGACUUCAUGGUACACAUUCUAAAGCAUUUCUGAUUUCAAUAUUUUUGUACAUUUUUAUCUAUUAUUAAACCUUCUCUUGUAGUGUGCACUAGUGUUUAUUUCUACAUAGGCUGCUCAGCUCUAAGGAAAUUGUAUGAUCAUUUUCAAGAUAAUAAAUCCCUGAAAUUUUGUUUCAUCCUACCCAUGGUAGCUACAUUACUCCUAAAAAUCAGUGUACAUGAAGUUCUUAAAUGUGUUUUCACCUAUAAAUUUCCUAUGGAACAUUUUAGAAAGGCAGUGGCUUAAAAUUACAAUACUCUUUACAUGCUAACUUUUGAGGGUUAGUAAUGUGAUUUAUACUAUUCCCUUCAGUGCAGGUUUUUGUUUCUUAAGUAAAGCUUAACAGUUGGUCUUUAGUAUUCUCUUUGCUCUUUUAAUUUGGACAUGCUGAGAUUAUCUCUUUCAAGUUGAGAUUUAAAUAGAAUAUAAAUUACUUCAUUGCCCUUUAAAUGAGUUAGGACAGAUCAAUACAGCCCUUUUUCUAUCCUGCCCAGUGGUUUGAUUAAAUAUAAUGGCCAUUGUUUAAAAACUCAAAAAGGGAGAUACUUUGUUUCUAAACUUCUCAUUGUCAUGUCAUUUUCUGUUGAGAAAUAAGACACACUUUGUGGAAAAUAUCAUUAUCUUCAAGAAAACGAAAUUGCUUGCUUUAGUAUCCCCCCCCCCCCAUUGUAUGUUACUCAAAAUGCCAAACAACUGGCAACAGAAUUUCCUUGAAUUUAAUUUUCAGAGGUCCUCAUUUAACAAUGGUCAAGAUUGCUAAUCAGUCCCAGUACUUGACAUGGAGGUCAGAGAUAGUCUUUAAAUCAUGCUUAUGAUUUUGGGAAACAAACCAGUAAUGUUUCAUAAGAGAAAUUAGAAUCUGUAAAAUAUGUUUUAAUUCCAUGAAUAAUGGUUUUUAAAGUACAACAUUAAAUUUUUGAUAUAUUUGAAUAAAAAGCUAUUGAUGUUUUAGCAUGUCCUCAAAAUAGAUUUCUGUGCUUCUUAUAAUUUGUUCACAUCUUCAGAUUCUUAUAAAACAUGAUCAACUAAAAUAUCCCUGCAGUAAACCUAUGCAAAUCAGACACAACAAAAGACAUAAACUGAUUUUCUUGUUUAAACAGCUUUUUUGUUUCUGUUUCUUUUUGUUUUUUUGGAGAUAGGGCUUCUCUGUGUAGCAGCAGCUGUCUUGGAACUCUGUAGGCCAGCAGGCUUCAGACUCAGAGAUCCCCCUGCCUCUGCCUCCCUUCUUGUAAAUGUUACUGUGAACAGAUCAAUAUAACAGAACCCUAUUGAUUUAAAUAGAAGUUUUAUAUCAGUGUGUUGAAUUUUGACUUUAGGUACCUGAAAAUGUAAUAUCCUUGCUAUAAAACAUGUAAAUCAAGUCUA